AAUUUGCGAAGUCUCCCUCGCAAACCCAUCCUCUCGCGUCUGGUUCGGUUGUCGGAGUGUUGUUGAACCUCCUUCUCCGUUUUUCUUGGUGGCGACCGGUUUGUGAGGUUGGAUUCGAAGAUGCUGGAGAGGCCUUUGGUGGCGCCGGUGUAUGGGAAGUGGUGAGAUGUGGUUUUAACGACGUUAUUGCGGCGAGGAUUUUACGGGAGGGGGAGUGAAUCGAAUGCGGAGUGCAUGUUCCGACGGUGUUGCUUUGUUGGAAUGAGUUGUAGGAGAGGAGAUUGCGGUGGAGUUUUUGGACGGAGUGAGUGAUCGUGGAGGGACAUGGGGAGAGUAGUAGUGGGAGUGGCUGUGAGUGUUGCAGUGGUGGCGUGUAUAGUGGCCGCCGGGGUGGUUGGUCGGAGAGUGCAGAACAGAGGGAAAUGGAGGAGAGUGGUUAGGGUUUUAAAAGAGCUGGAGGAGGAUUGUGAGACUUCUGUCGGGAGGCUGAAGCAGGUGGUCGACGCCAUGGCUGUGGAGAUGCACGCUGGUUUGGCCUCGGAAGGAGGUUCCAAACUCAAAAUGCUCCUCACCUUCGUUGAUAAUCUUCCUGACGGGAAGGAGAUUGGGACCCACUAUGCCCUUCAUCUAGGGGGUACAAAUUUCAGGGUCUUGAGUGUUCAAUUGGAAGGUAAUAGAUCGUCAAUUCUUGAGCAUGAUGUGGAGCGGCUUCCAAUUCCCCAGCAUUUAAUGACCAGCACAGGCAAUGAUCUCUUUGAUUUUAUUGCUUCAUCGUUGAAGGAAUUUAUUGAUAAAGGAAAUGAUUCUGAGGUUCUUCUAGGUGGGAGAAGGGACCUUGGUUUUACGUUCUCUUUUCCCACAAAACAAACUUCCAUUUCAUCUGGCGUGUUAAUUAAGUGGACGAAAGGAUUUUCCAUUGAAGACAUGGUUGGGAGAGAUGUUACGGAGUGCUUGCAACAAGCAUUGAACAGAAAGGGUCUCAACAUAAGAGUCACAGCACUUAUAAAUGACACUGUGGGGACAUUAGCUCUUGGACAUUAUCAGGAUGCUGACACUGUUGCUGCAGUGAUAAUUGGAACUGGCACCAAUGCCUGUUAUUUGGAGCGUACAGAUGCUAUUAUCAAGUGUCAAGGACUUCAUACAACCUCUGGGUUCAUGGUUAUUAACAUGGAGUGGGGAAAUUUUUGGUCCUCUCAUUUACCUAGAACUUCCUAUGAUAUUGAUUUGGAUUUUGACAGCCCCAAUCCAAAUGAUCAGGGUUUUGAAAAGAUGAUAUCGGGAAUGUACCUGGGUGACAUUGUGAGAAGAGUGAUUCUUCAAAUGUCGAGAGAAUCCGAUAUUUUUGGGUCAGGUUCAUCCAGGUUAUCCAUGGCAUUUGUGUUGACAACACCUCUAAUGGCUGAGAUGCACGAAGACGAGUCUCCUGACUUGAGAGAAGUAGCAAGGAUCUUGAGGGACACCUUGGGGAUUCUUGAAGUCCCUUUAAAAGCUCGAAAACUUGUAGUAAGAAUAUGCAACACAGUGACGCGCCGAGCUGCCCGGUUGGUAGCUGCUGGCAUUCUGGGUAUCCUAAAGAAGAUGGGGCGGGAUGGAACAGGAGGAAUUGCAGGAGUAAGAAGUAGAAGUGCUGUGAAUAUGAAAAGAACGGUGGUGGCAGUCGAUGGGGGAUUAUAUACUAAUUACACGAUGUUCAGAGAGUACUUGCUUGAAGCUUUGACUGAGAUUCUGGGAGAAGAUAAUGCCAAACAUGUAAUUCUCAGGGUAACUGAAGAUGGAUCCGGCAUUGGAGCAGCUCUUCUUGCUGCAUCACAUUCAUCCAAUUGAUUUGCCAUAUAUAUGAAUAUAUAUAGCUGAUAUAUAUAUAUUAUAUAUACAUAUAGAGAUCCUGUAAAGUUAGAGAAAUUCAUUUCUUCAGAAUGUGAUGUCUCUCUGUAUUAAAAAAAAAAAAAAAGAGGAAAAGAAAUGGCUUUGUAUUAUUUGAUACUGGAAUUGUCAAUAUCUUGUUCUUUGCAUUUAUUUGUAAGCUAAUUGUCAACUCCCAAGGCUGGCUUUUGUAAUUGAAUGCGUUGGUAUACUGGAUUUCACCAUUUA